AUGCGCGAGUGGUUUGCAUAUAGGUUGCAAGAAAGAAAAGGGGAAUCACCUAUUGUUCUUCAAUCUAGGAGACUGUUCCAGCAAUAUCUGGUGGACUCUUAUACCAUGGUUGAAGCUGAUAGAAUGCGAUAUUAUAGGACAAUACAGCCGAAACUGCGAGUGGAACGUUACAAGGGAUUGCACGAGUGCUUGGUCCGUGGAGAAACAAAUGCAGCUGCAACAGGUCAGCGAAUCAUAUUGCCUGGAUCAUUUACUGGAGGGCCGAGAUACAUGUUCAACAAUUGCAAGGACUCAUUUGCCAUUUGUAGAUAUAUCGGAUAUCCUAGCUUAUUUAUCACUAUGACAUGCAAUCCAGAAUGGCCUGAAGUCAAACGUUUUGUUGAAACACGAGGUUUGAAGCCUGAGGAUAGACCCGACAUACUUUGUAGAGUUUUCAAAAUGAAGUUGGACGAACUAAUUGAUGACUUGAAGAGCGGAAAAGUGUUCGGAAAGAUUAGUGGAUAUUCAAUCACCAUCGAAUUUCAAAAGCGAGGUCUUCCCCACGCACACAUUUUGGUCUUUGUCCAUGCCAAAUUCAAGCCCAAGACCCCCGAAGACAUCGACAAAGUUAUAUCCGCAGAAAUUCCAGACCGUACCAACAAUCCUGAAUUAUUUGAUGCUGUGCAGAAGUGUAUGAUUCACGGACCAUGCGGUGUACUAAAUUUGAAGUCACCAUGUAUGAACAAUGGAAAAUGCUCCAAGUUCUUUCCUAAAGAGUUUAGGACGGGGACCAUUAUUGAUGAUGAAGGUUUUCCUAAAUAUAGAAGAAGAGAGGAUGGCAGGACUGUCAAAAAGGGCAAAACUGUGCUGGAUAAUAGAUAUGUUGUACCAUACAACCCAUUGCUACUCCAAAAAUAUAGAGCUCACAUUAAUGUUGAGUACACGUGCCAGACAAGUGCAAUAAAAUAUCUUUUCAAGUAUGUCCAUAAAGGCAACGACAGAGUGACGGCUGAAUUUUACCGAACUUCGGAUUCAAGUAAUCCAUCCCAGGUGAUUGAUGAAAUAAAAAAUUACUAUGACUGCAGAUACAUCUCUGCAUGUGAGGCGGCAUGGCGAUUGUUUGGAUUUGAAGUGCACUAUAGAGAGCCUCCAGUUGUGAGGUUGCCAUUCCAUCUUCCGGGUGAGCAAAGCGUAGUGUACAAUGAUGGUGAGACAGUACAGGAUGCAAUUGAAAAGGCCGACAUUAAGAAAAACAAGUUUAUAGGUUGGAUGGAGGCUAACCAACUUUAUGCGGCUGGACGAGACAUUACUUAUUCAGAAUAUCCUACCAAAUUUGUUUGGAAAGACGACACAAGAGAAUGGCGCCCUAGAAAACAAGUUUUCUCAAUUGGUAGAAUUUCAUAUGUGCCUCCAUCAUGCGGCGAGGACUAUUACUUAAGGAUCCUUCUGAACGUUCAAAAAGGUUGCACGAGUUUUAAAGACAUUCUCACUGUGAAAGAAGUGACCUAUAGUACUUUUAAGGAUGCGUGUUGUGCUCUUGGUUUGCUAGAAGAUGACAAAGAAUUUGUAGACGCAAUAAAAGAGGCCAGCUUCUGGGGGUCAGGAGAGUAUCUUAGAAGACUGUUUGUGGUGUUGUUGAUGUCUAACAACAUGUCAAAUCCUGAGGUAGUUUGGGAUAAGUGCUGGCAAGAGCUUUCAGAUGAUAUUCUCUACAGACAAAGAAGACGCUUAGAUUACCCAGGACUGAAUCUAACAGAUGAUCUGAAAAAAAACCUGGCGCUCGCUGAGAUUGAGAACAUGCUACAAAACGAUGGCAGGAGCCUGCACAAUUUUGUUUCCAUGCCUUAUCCUUCAGACAUUGUUGUCGAAGACGUUGGACAAAGACUGAUUGUAGAGGAGUUGAAUUACGACAGGAAUGAAAUGAGUGAAUACUUGGACCAAUGUCUCUCCUCAAUAACUGACGAACAAAGGCAUGCGUAUGACAAAAUAAUUAACGUCGUCUAUGGAAACAAAGGUGGAUUUUUCUUCCUGUAUGGCUACGGUGGGACGGGUAAAACCUUUGUCUGGAAAACGCUUUCAGCAUCCAUUCGAUCAAGAGGUGAUAUUGUUCUCAAUGUGGCUUCAAGUGGUAUUGCUGCACUGUUGUUGCCUGGAGGAAGGACGGCGCACUCCAGGUUCAAGAUUCCCAUACCUAUAACUGAGGAUUCAACAUGCAACAUAAAGCAUAACAGCCCUCAUGCUAAAUUGCUGAUAAAGGCGAAACUGAUCAUUUGGGACGAAGCUCGUAUGAUGAGUAAAUGGUGUUACGAGGCUUUGGAUAAGUGCUUGAGAGACAUUUUGAGGUUCACCCCAGGAUAUGACUCCAUCUUGCUGUUCGGAGGAAAAGUUGUGGUUCUGGGCGGUGAUUUCAGGCAAAUCUUACCUAACAUGAGACUCCUGCAAGGAUCUUCGUGCUCAAGUGCAUUUGAUAUAGCAGAAUUUUCAGAAUGGUUGUUGACUAUAGGUGAUGGCAAGGUCGGACAGCAAGUUAACGGCGAAUCAGAAAUUCAAAUACCAGAUGAAAUCCUUAUAAAAAACUCAGAAACCGGUUUUGAAGACUUGGUCAAUUUUACCUACCCUGAUUUGUUGCGUAACAUGUCUAACUCUGAAUACUUCAGGGAAAGAUCCAUUUUGGCCCCCACGAUUGAACUGGUUGGAAAGGUCAAUGAUUACAUGAUGUCUCGGGUCUCGGCAGAAGAAAGGGAAUACUUGAGCUCUGAUUCAAUAUACAAAGAAGACGGCAAUGUUGAGAGUGAGCUGGAUGCAUUUUCCCCCGAGGUAUUGAAUGCGAUGAACUGUUCAGGACUGCCACCGCAUAAGUUGAGUUUGAAAAUUGGAGUCCCAGUAAUACUAAUGAGAAAUAUCGACCAGUCCAACGGAUGGUGUAUUGGAACAAGAUUGACGGUGAAGAGAUUUGGAGGCCAUGUCAUUCAGUGCACCGUUCUAACUGGGACUAAAGUUGGAUCUACUCAUGUGUCGUAUAAGGACAUUUGUACCGGCGUUAAUGGAAGGAAUGCGUCCCGGGAGGAAGAUGAUGAAUCGCUGAAUUAUGCUGGCUUUGAGAUGGAUGAAGAGAGUGAUGAGGAUAAGGCAGAGAGCUUGACGGAGGAGAAGGACGUGGACCCUCCUUGCCCUGUGAUCAAGGUUACUAAAAAAGAACUGCAGGAGGCGCGUAAACCUUGGAGGUUGGCUGUUAUUGUGAAGCUUCUGGUCAAAUCGCUGGGACUGGGAUUAUGA